AUGCCGCCGGCCAGCCUCAUCACGCUGCCGGACGAAAUACUCCUGAUGAUCUGCGAAGAGCUGUGUUUCCAUUGCUAUGGCACUCCGAAACCAUCAGACGACAAGUUUUUCAACACGGACUUGUGGUCUCUCAUGAGGACAUGUCGACGAUUGCGUGACAUCGCAGAACCAAUCUUGUAUCAUUGUGUUUGGCCUGGUGAUAAUCUCUUCUUUCUGCGUACCAUCAUUGCGCGGCCAGACUUGGCUGUCCAAGUACGCUCAUUCCUUUACGAUGAGGCCGAGCAGCGUGACGCUUCGGGCGAGGAUCUCGACAUGUUGAAAGCGGAAGCACGACGCCUUGACGUUAACGAAAGUGAUAAAUGGGUUCGAAAGUGGGAUCGACAGAUUAAGAGGAACGGGCUCGAGUGUGACCAGCGACUCUUGAAAUUGAUACUCGCUCGCCUUCCGAACACAGCGAGCUUAUCCAUCGUGGUGCCUCUCUGGGAGGAAACCACCUGCUUAACAGAUUCGCGCAAUAAAUGCAUCACCAUGGAGUCCAUCCGCGAUCUGUCGUUGAUUCCCGGGGAUCUCUUUGACCUUGGCCUUCUAGGCGGCUUUCUAACCAUGAUGCCAUGCCUUGAGCGCUUGGCGGCAUAUGACUGUGGGAGCAUUACGGAAACUCUCCCGCUUGCUAAGCUCUGCACUCUCAUUCUCAGAAAUAGCAUGAUCACCGCGAUAUGCCUGCAAACGAUUGUCGACUCCUGUCCAGAGCUGGAACAUUUUGAGUACUAUGUCAGGCCUUAUGAUUAUGACUAUACCUCAUCCUACGAGCAGCAAACAGUUACGUGUGGACAGGCGCAGCGCAUACUACACUCGCGGAGGGAAACACUAAAGAAUUUGAAUCUCGUAUUUGGCAAAGAAUUCCCCCCAUACUUGGACCAACUUGAGAGUCUGCAAGAUUUCCAAUUGAGCAAUCUCCACGACUUUGACGGAUUAGACACGUUGUGGGUGCGUACGACGGACUUUGGGACGGAUGAUGAGGACAAAGAUGUGCCUAUAUUCCCAAAAGAUAUGGAAGACCUGGUUAGUAAACUACCUCAAUCACUCAUCUGUCUCGGUUUCUGCGGUUCGCACAAAGAUUGGGAUGGGAUAGAGAUCCUACAAGAGGCAAUUUUGGAGGGGCAUUUCCCGAAGCUCGAGUUUGUGCUGUUGGAACAUGAAAAGGAAGAGUUUGAAUAUGCGCGUGAACUACUUGCAGAUGUUGACGUGUUUUGUGCGUAUUUUAAUGACACUAAGCUUGAAGAAUUUCCGGAUUGUUCUGAUCCAGAGUUUGUUGAGAAAGAAAAGGAAGAUGACUAUGAAUAUGGGGAAGAUGAAGCAGAGUGA